CUCUCUCUCCUUUUCGCCUAAAGAACACACAGACAGACGUUCUUCUUCUUUUUUAAAAGAGAGAGCGGCUCAACAGCCAAUCAGAGCGCUGCGAGCUAAAUAGACCUCAUUUGAGGGAGAGGGACGGACACAGAAAAUAUAAAAAGACCCGACAACUUUUUUGAGUUUUUUUCCGGUUGAGACAAAAAAAUAAGAAGACGGAGGAUCUUCCGAGAAAGAGUUCAGUGUCUCUCGGGAUUCUCCAUGAGGAUCAUCAUGGACGUUGGUGGUGGUAGUAGUACUAGUCCUCUGCGUUUCGGUGUUAAGAAGAUGGCCGAGGCCGGUGGUAAGCAGCGGUUGUUGCGGACGCCAAAGUGCGCCCGGUGUCGCAAUCACGGCGUCGUCUCCUGCCUCAAAGGACACAAGAAACUCUGCCGAUGGAAGGAGUGCCAGUGCACCAAUUGCUUGUUGGUCGUCGAGCGCCAACGGGUCAUGGCCGCCCAGGUCGCCCUCAGAAGGCAGCAGAAUUCCGAGUCGGGUACUAAAGGCGACGGCGGGUUGAACAAUAAGCAGCCGAGCAAAGUGACCAAGAGCGCCGAGGCCAUUCUGGCCCAGAAGAAACUCUACCAGAAGCAUCUGAGGACCCUGCAGCAGAGCUCGCUGGCCAGGGACGUUCUGCAAAAUUAUCGACAGUGGGUUCAACGUGGACACAACGGGUCUGCCAUUUCGUCGGAAGGUGGUGAACAACAGCAGAAUUCGGAUAAAAUCUCAGUGACUCCACCUCCGCCAUUAAGCGAGCGGAUGCGUAAGAGGAGAGCUUUUGCCGAUCGUGAUUUGGAUGCCGUCAUGUUCCAGCGUGAGCAACAAGCCGCCGUCGAGCUUCAGCGUUUCAACAUCAGUCCCGGAUGCGGAGGUGAUGCGACUCCGCCGCCGUCGUCACUCGGCCCGGCUCCAUCUCUUUGCUGGAACGCCCUGCAUCCGAUCCGCUUUCACGUCCUACCUUCUCACCAGCAUCUCAUCCAGCAGCAGCAGACUCAUCAUCCGCUCUGCCCAAUGCCUCUGCUCGUCAAGACGGAAGUUAAGCCUUCGGACUUAUCGGACGAUUCCGACGUCGAAGUGGACGUCACCUCCACUCCGUCUACUCCGCCAUCACCGAUUUUAUUGCCCAGCGUUUCCAGCAGCAGCACAAAUAAAAGUAAAAUCUCAUUCUCGGUGGAGUCGAUCAUCGGCCGUCGUUAAAAACAAAGGAGAGAGAUGAACAUCUCCAAAUUCAAAUAUAAUAGCAGAGCUUGAAUGCAUCCGCGCGCGCUAGUCUCUUUGUACAUAUCUAACUUUGAUUUUGGCCUUCGCACUCGAACCCCACUUAAUUAUUAUUAUUUUUUAGGCUAUAAUUAAUAACGUUGUCAUAACCAUGUUCUAUUUUUAUUUUCCAUAAAAUAACUCAAACGUCAUUUAUGCAAUCAUGCCAUCGGCCUAUUUAUUAUAUAACAAAAUAUGUUCCGUAUGCCACCACAAUUUCAUCGAUAUUGAAUCAAAUACAUUUGCACUUUCUCCUAUAUACAUGUCUAUGUACACAAUUAUUAUUCAAAAACAUUUUCGACACGCUGUAAAAAUGUUGGUGGAAUUUAGACAAACAUAACAAAUGACGCAGGACGGGGUUACAAAGUUAUUCGGUUGAGACAGGCAUGAGAAAAA